GAGAGAUGAUGCCUAAAGACAAAAAAGACUCCAAGGAGCCCCUGGUGCCGCCACGCUUUGUGGAAAAGUUCUGCAACCGAAAAGUAAAACAAGGAGCAAGCAUCACUCUGUCUGUCAAAGUAGAAGGAUCUCCUACACCGAUGGUCUCCUGGUUAAAGGAAAAAUCCGAGGAGGACGUCUUGUGGAUUAAGCCUGAGACGCCGAGAUACAAAAUAGCAAGUUCUGGACGCCAGCACAGCCUGAUCCUGAUGGACGUGAACUCUGAGCACAGCGGCGUGUACACCUGUAUUGCUACUAACAGAGCCGGACAGUCCGUCUGCACCGCUCAUCUUCAGGUGGAUGACACACCACAACCAAAGAAGGAGACAAUGCCUUUGGGGUAAGUUUUAAUAUCUAAU